AUGACGACAAACACAGAGCCCGGCCCUGAACAGGGCUUUACUGGCCCCUCCUCAACCCCCGAGAAACUAAUCCCUUCACAACCAUCACUUGGUGACUCAAAGACCCUUCGUGCUUCAGACACCCCUUUCGCUCCUUCCAUCACUGCGGAAGCAACUGCAACACUUGCACCAACAACAACAGAACUGGAACAAGCCUCCAUCUCCUCCACACUUGCGAGUCGUGCUUCCUCAGCUCGGGACCUCCAAAACAACGACGACGGUGACAGCCAGCAAGGAAACUCUGCCUCUGACGAAAAACCCGAUUCUGAGAACAACGAUGCUGAUGCUAGCAAUGAUGACAACGAUAUGUACGGGGACGAUGUGAUCGUCCCCGUGGAGUUGACAGUGCUUCCCGACAGCAUCCUCGAGGCAAUUCCGGACGAGGUCUGGUGUCUCUUGCUCUCGUUCGUCCCGCCUGCCAAGUUGAUCACAUUGACUCGAGUCUGUCGACGAUGGAAACUGAUGAUCGAACGAGACCUGGUCGCGAGUUAUUGGAAGGUACUUACCGUCCAGGCCGAACUUCUGGACCACUCCUUGUCACCGGAUCUGGAUGUGGACUCUAAGCAUGCCGAGAUGCCGAUUGGGUUUAUCAAGACGUUCCCGGAACUUGUGCUUGGUCACACGCUAGUUAUUUGUGAGCUAUGUCUGAUGCGGUCCAAGCGUGGGUGUGGGUCUGCGAUUCCCUUACCGGUCGAUCGACAGGACACUCUGGGACGUGUCUGGAUGUGUCGCCCCUGUCGACGAGACUAUUAUGACCGCUACCCAGAACCCGAGAGAGUGUACAAGGCUGAGGACCAGGUCUCGUUGUAUGGCCUCCCGGGACACCCGCCCAAAGUGGCUCGCUCUACGGGUCCACCUGCUCCCCGUCGUCCGUAUUACUAUCCACGUGAGCACUGGGGUGGUGGGGGUCGUUAUUAUGGGGGCUCUGAUUCGUCUGAUGAGUUUAAUGAGUUUGAUGAGUUUGAUGAGUUUGAUUCGACGGAUGAUGAGUAUUGGGAUUCGGAUGGGGAUCUUUACUUUGCGACGGAGGCGGAUUUGGAAGAGGAUGAGCUGUGGUCGAGGGAGGCGGAUGCUCGUGAGGCUGCCGCUGAGGAGGCUGCUCAGGUUCUGAUGGGUGUCAUUCAGGGUGAUACUAAAGAUGACGGACAAAGGGUUCAGGACUCUGGAGCCACUGAGGGCGGUCAAGUCGGUCAGGGAGACGAGUCGUCUAGUGCAACCAUCGACGGCAAGCCUGCAUGGGAUGAACAGCCAGAGAUCCAGGAGGCUACUGCUACCGAGGGCAGCUUGGUCGGCCAAAGCAGCGAUAUCCGAUGCACCUCAGUGGAUGGCGGAUAUGAUGCUGAUGGAGAGCCAGUGAUCAAGUCGGCCACUACUGGUUUUGAGGCUGAGCUUGAGGACGAACAGGGUAUGGACGAUGAGGAUGAAGGAGAAGGCGAUGAGGUGGAGGAGGAAGACGAGGUCGGCGAGGAGGAUGGGGAGAUGUCCUAUGAUGAGAGCGAUCGGUCUGGCGACGGCGAGGAAGAGGAAGAGGAGGAGGUGGAGACAAAGGAGACCCAGACGCCAGCAAACCAAUCGAUCGUCCAAGAAGCUCGCCGCCACCACGGCGGUGACAUCGGAAUCCAAGCCCACAGCAGCAGCAACAUCCAACUUCGAGAGAGACUCCAACCCCUGCGCAACCGCCUCAUGCAGACCCGCCUACGCCUACUCGGCCUCCAACUCCGCAACGACUCGAAGCUCUGCCAGGACUACCUCAACGGCCUCAGGGACGACCCCUUCAAGAUCGCCGACGUUAUGAAACAGAUGCAGUGGUACUUUUCCGGGACCGCGUACUCUUCUUACAUCGAGGACAGCGACUCGUCGACGGCGAAAUCGGCGGCCAUGGAGGAGUGGAUUGAAGAUUCGAUUGCGAAACAUGGCGAGAAUGCCAAGAAGGCGUAUCGUGGGCUUGGGGAGGAUCAGGACCUGGAGGAUGCAGUUGUGAAUGUCAUGGAUCCUAAGCAGCCGCCCAAGAGCCUUUGGGGAGUGUUGGAUUUGUGGAUUGACCAUCGGUUGAAGGGCGAUCAGGGCUAUUCGCCGGCCUUGGAGACCUUUGCCGUUGUCGUCGCUACCGACGAUCUCCAGGACUAA